AUGGCUUACUUCAACGUUGCAGAGAACUCUUUUGGCGCCGACAAUUGGUGUUUGAAGCUUCGUCCGCUUUACCAGGCUGGCCUUUUGACCAGUUUAAGUAGUGGGGAAGUAUUUGUCAUUGAUUGGGAAACAAACAAGCCAAAACAAAGAAUCGUAGCGCAUUUGACGUCAAUCAACGAUAUGCAAGUGCUGGAUAGAGAUUACGCCAAUGGAUUCGGGUUUGCUACAGCUAAUGAAGAGGGAACCAAAAUUUUCGACGUUAGAAUGAAAGAUGCAGUAGCAUCGUUGAAAAGUGAAAAGUCGUCACCGUUUUUGUCGGUAGAUUCGCGUCAUGGACUUUUGGCUUGUGGCACAGAACUCUCUGGAGUUGAUGCUGAGCUUCAUUUGUACGACAUCCGGAAAACGGACGGGCCUGUGCGGUCGAUGAUAGAUUCGCAUCACGACGACAUUACGAGUAUUUGUUUCCAUCCUAGCGAUCCUAACGUCCUUAUGAGCGGGUCUACGGACGGAUACGUCAACAUUUACGAUCUGGCGCAGCCAGAAGAAGACGACGCGUUACACCAGGUGAUCAAUUUCGCUUCGAUUCAUUCCUGCGGAUGGCUCGCACCAAAACGCAUAUUCACGUUAUCCCACAUGGAGACCUUUGGUAUCCACGAGCUGAACGACAAAUCUGACGAUCCGACAGAACCCCAGCCCAGGGAUUUUGGCGACAUUAGAAGCGACUGGAACUGCGAUUACGUCGUAGACGUGUACCCUGGUGUUAUAGCCACUGGCAGAUCUCAAGCGGGUCGCGGUGAGCUUCAAUUAAUCCCGUUGAACUCGGAGCAACUUGACACGAAGAACUCGGUUGUCAUACCUGCGGCCCAUGGUGACGACAUUGUAAGAGACAUUUACUUUUCUGAACAAAACCCGAACCUAAUGUACAGCUGCGGCGAGGAUGGAUAUGUCAGAUCUUGGAACGUACAGCAGGCCAACCAACUUCAAGUUGUGGCCCAGUUUUGGGACUACUCCAAGCCACUUAACCUCUUCCAGGACACUGUGAUUGAAGCCGACAUGAACGAUCCUACAUCGGAACCAGUAGGCACCGUAACAGAGCCCGAAGAAAAGUCAGAAAAGGACAAAGAAAAGCCGUCAAAGGACAAAAAAAAGAGCAAUAAAAAGCAGAAGAGUGACAAGGACAAAAACCGGUUAAAGUCGCGCUUUAAACCUUACUAA